UCGCCAUCCUCCGCUCUACUUCUUGCUAUCAAAUGGUUUCUUUAAAACUACAGAGACGUUUGGCGGCCUCGGUCUUACGAUGCGGAAAAAAUCGAGUUUGGCUCGAUCCCAAUGAAAUAAGCGAGAUUUCAUUAGCAAACUCUCGAGCGAGUAUUCGAAAACUCUACAGAAACGGCCUGAUCAUCAAACAGCCUGUCGUAAUCCGCUCUCGUGAACGAAUCAGGAAGAGACACGAAGCCAGAUGUCGUGGUCGUCACAGAGGACUCGGUAGGCGCCACGGUACUGCGAACGCUCGUAUGCCCGAAAAGCUGGUUUGGAUGCGUCGAAUCCGCGUAUUGAGACGCCUUCUCAAGAAAUUCCGCGCACAAAAAAAAAUCGAUAAACAUGUCUACCAUAAUUUCUAUAUGAAAGUCAAAGGAAAUGUUUUCAAGAACAAGAGACUACUAAUCGAGGGUAUCUAUAAAUUUAAAGAAGAUUCCCUGAAACUCAAGACGCUUGAAGAACAAGCCAAGGUCGUGACAAAGAGAUCGAAAGAAAUACGAGAAAACCGAAUCAAAAAACAAGAGGUGACAGCUGAGUUGAUCCAAAAAGCAAAAAAAGUUAUAUCUGACCAAGGUGACAAUCAGUAAAAUACUAAAACCUACCCGUGGACGGUAUAACUACGCGAGAUGUAUCAUAUACACUUAGUUUAC